AUCAUAACUGUACAUGUUUACAAAUAUGUAGGCCUACUGUAAUCAUGUAUGUUAUAUGCUCAAAAGGGGCCCCGAUUUGGAAUUAAUAUUCAAUUCACAUGUAAGUGUUAGCUCAUCGUCACUGAUCCGCUCCACAUCUAGAUCUAGGCCUGUGAUCAGUCUGAUUUCAGACUGGGCCUGUGAUCUUGGGAAGAUGGGAUAGCCGUUGUUUAUAAGGUAUAAAGAGUUUCUGAUAUAUGAACAAACUUUUGUAGACACAAGAUUGAGAGAGUUCAGUAAACAAGAUGCGGGACUUAUUAUAUAUUUAUAUGACAGAUAGGUAAAUGGUAUAUUAGCCAAUCAGAAUCGAGUAAAUAUUUCAUAUGCGGGACUGUAUUGUUGUGAUUAGUUUCACUUCGGAAGCCUCAGUCCAGGUAGGUGUGUACAGCUAAUAUCAUGAAGGGGACUAUUGAGUUCAGCCAUGUGAUUAUUUCGGACGAAAACGUCAAAGAAAUUUGUGAUGCAGCUAAUGGAGAAAAACUGAAGACGCUUUCGUUGCGUGAUUGUGAAAUAGACGGAACGAUGUACAACUCUAUUUUGAAGGCAGUCGGAGCUUGCAAGUCAAUUUUGCAGCUAAGUUUAUGUGUUGGCAUGGUAAAAACUAAGAAGGACGUUUCAGCACUUUGUAAGUGCUUACAGAAGAACAGAUCCCUGCUUGCAUUAUUCAUUCAUGGUAAUCCCCUGAAAGACUCUGGGAUGCAAAGAAUUUGUAGAGAAAUGGCACAGCAUCCUCACAUUGUUUCCCUUGAUGCCAGUGAUUGUGAGUUAACUGACCAGUCUAUGGAGGACAUAUGUAAUCUGCUACCAAAGAUGGGAACAAAAUCAGGUUUGAAAGACCUUUCCUUAAGUGCAAAUCCAGGAAUUUCUCAGAAGUCCUGGGGAAAAUUUGGUGUUUCCCUGGCAGCCAACAGCAAUCUUAGAGAGCUGUAUCUGGAUUAUAACAAUCUUGGAGACUAUGCAGCCAGCUGUAUUGUGGUAGGCCUAUCUGGAUCUCAGAAUCUUCAGGUCCUUGAUUUAGAAGGCACCAACAUCAAUGGUUCUACAGCAGAGUUGAUUCAACAUUUACUGAAAAAUUUUCCCACUCAACUACGCAAAGUUGUACUCAAGGAAAACAAAAUAAACAGCAGCAUCAUUGAGAAAAUUUCUUCUUGUUUGGAGGAAAGUGAUGACAUUUCCGACACAUUUAGUAUUGAGUCAAUGAAACUUAAGACCAAAUCGUCUGGCAAAACUUUCAAGUCCAAGUCCUCCACACAGAAAAGUUCUACUCUUAAAGACGGUACGAGAGAGGAAGCUUCAUCUUCAGAUGAUGACAGAGAGAAAGAAGAAGAGAGUGAUAUGAAAGACACAGUGAAAACUGAUGAAGAUUAUCGUGUGCUAGAAAUGGCCCUGGAGGAGGGAUUGAGCACAGGGAAGAUCAGUGCCCUGUCUGGCACCAUGGAGGAUGACGAUAUUGAAGAAGAACUAACAGAAGUUCCUUUGACAUCAUCCAAUCAUGUGAUAAGAUUCACAGAGAACAAACCACUGACUUACUCGGCUGAGGAAUUUCCUGAUGAUGGAGAUGAACUUAAAGAAGUACCAGUGUUACAACUUGUCACUGUUUGACAUUUCCACUCUCUAAACUGAUUGUAGUGUCUUAAUAAAUGUUCUUCAUACCAGUGAAA